AUGUCCUUCGCGGAGUUGACGAGGAAUUCGUAUCAACGUGGGGUAUCCCCCCAACAGUGGCUAGGAUUGUGCAAACUGCUUGUACAGCAACAAGAUGUCGGCGUCGGCACCGACGUUAGCGCCGCUAUCAGCAACACUAUCCUUGAACUUUAUCGCUUGUGCCCCGCAGACCCUACUCUUCGCGAAUACCUUCAGCUUGCCCUGAGUGACGGCUUACUUUCGAACGCGGUCUUCAUCUCCACAUUCAUACGCGCCGCUCGGGACCCAGAACUUCAGAAUGGGUCUACCCUGGAUAUGCUUUGCCGUUUAGCUCUUAAUACACAUUACACAUCGGGAUUGUCACCCGUAGGAUCCAUCAUCCCCUUGACAGACUCCCAGGUGUCCGUGCUUUCCAGAGUACAAGAUGCCCUGGCUCUUUUGAGGAUUGCCCACUCUCUUCCCCCUUCUAACUUCCAUCAUCUCAUUCUAUCAGCUUCUGAACUUGCGAUCCUGCUAUUGUCUUGUGUUACUGAUAUGUCGCAGGUAACAACUGCUCAAGCUAUGAUUUAUCUCGGGGAUGCGAAUGAUGUACUGCACUCAUUGCGCCUUUCGCCGGAACUCCGGCAGGUACUCGAGGGCUUCGUGUUAUCUUUGAGUUUGCUCAUGGGAGACGACGCGAAAGCCGUCCGAGAUGCACAAAUGUUGCACACUAUGCAAUUGACUAUGGGAAAACAUGACGUACUUGGUGCCAAUGCUGAGACUGACACCAUCACCUGCGGUUUGUUGCUGCAAAGCCUUGCACGUAUUUUUGAUUUUGGAGCGGGAAGUGACUUAGAAGCUGUUGCAGUCAUGACAGGCACAUUGCGGUGGACGUCAUGGGCACCCAAUGUCUUUUGUACACAGCUACUCGUAGCUGCUCUGACUUGCGUCGCUCAGAGCUCUGCUAAGAACGAUUACGAAUCUUCCUUCUCUCUAUGGAGAGCAUUUGUGGUUGGUCGUCUUCCACGGCUUCUAUUUGCCCUCGGAAAAAGUCUUGAAGCUCAUGGAACAACGGAGGCAGAUUGGCGAGCCGCAAUGCAUGCUGCGUUAUCGUCAUUAUCUCAACGGUCUGAUUUAUUGGCGCAGUGUGAUGCUAUAGCCCAACAAAGCAGAGGACACGAUUCCAGUCAAGACAACAACACAUCACAGAGAUCCCUUAUUCGCGAAUUCGUUCAACAACUUCUAGCUGUUGGGAUUAUUGAGUAUGCAUUUGCGGUUACAAUGGACCCCAUGAUGGUAAACGACCCCACGGCACGUUUGCAGACAGAAGCUUUUGAACAUGGUUGUUCCAUAGAAGUUUAUCUAGAUUCAAAGCUCACUUUGGACGCAAGUCCAGAAGACACCUUAUUACUGCUGGAGAAAAUCCGGCAAGAACCCGGCAGCCACCACUGUUUUGCUGACGUUGUUCAGAAAAGAUUUACGUCACACUCUACGUCGCUGGAUCUUGAGCACUUGAGUCACCUAACGCGGACACUGUACAACCACGACUUUGCUUUAGAUAUCUUAUCACUGCACCUGAAGAUCUCUUACUUGAUCUGCGAUGCACUGGAGAUAAUCUCCGAGUAUGAUUGCGAAACAGUUGGUGAUCCACAGACUGCAGUGAGCCAUUUGGGCGAUAUAGUUCUAUUUGCAGAGAUGGUCUUGGCGAAAUUCCGGAUCUCAUCGCCAAUCAUCAAAGGCGGAAAGAUGUACCGCACAGAACUUCUCCGAUGCACUUCGAGGGUUUAUCAGGUGGACGAGUUAAGCCCAGAACACAAAUCCGCAUUUGUCACUUGGUUCAAGGCAAUCUUUGAUAGCAGCAGCGAAGGGAUCGACGACGCCUUACUCCGCACAACUAAACCCCAAAUUCUCCUGCAAAUCUCCGCCACAUUGUUCUCACAAGCUGCCCUGGCUCGCCAGGAAGGGCGAAUCGACAAUGACACGCUGCAGACCGGUAUGUCAUACUUCCUUGGGCCACUGCUCCGGUGGACGCUCGUCGGCGUGAUCCAUGCCAUGUUGUUUGAAAUUGGGCACAAAGCGCUGGUAGCUCCCUUUCACCUUCCAAUCGUACAAACUAUUUUAUGUUCCUCCUGUUGUCCCCUCGUCGUCCGGCGUCUUUGUAGUCCGAGCUGCCUCAGACUAUUAUCUAGUAGACGGAUACAAGCCUUUUCCGUGACUCCCUUGCUGGAUAUCAGCGUUAUACGAGCUACGUGCUUCCAAACACUCGGAGUCAACAAAGACCCAUCGUGCAAGGCGUUGGAGGAUUAUCAGAUUAGCCCUGCUACCAGAUGGAUGGACUUCCCAAAACAAGAGAUCCACGAGGCGCUCGCGUUAGCUCGACGCCACAAGGCCCCUCGUAUUGACGUUACCCGCUGUCUCACCGCUACUUCUCCUUCUAAAUUCCUUAAUCUGCUCUGGUCAGAGCUCAGUGUUUCUUCGAGUCUAGGGGAGAUGGAAACCUGCAGGCGCCUGGCAACGUUCGUUUUAGCCAUACCGCGCCAGCUAUCAUCAGCCCCACCACUCCUUCCAAUUUUUAUGUACAACGUUCUCCCCUCCCUCAUUGCAGCCAUAGACCAACAGCAGGCAACAGAGAAGGGUAUGAACACACAGUUGCUGGUUACAAUCAUUUCAUCUGCCCUCACCGCCGCACUCCACAUCGAAUGGGCGGUGCAAACAGUAUGCGAAGAGCAGCGCUUUGUGCUCGGUCAACCAAGUGCCACUGUUGCGAGACGACUCGCAACUGAUCUACGAGGGCAAAAGAACAGUUCGUCUACAAGUGCAACUAUUUUGCAGCGUCUGGGAUCAUCCUCCGCUUUUGUGACGAAUUUCCCUGUAUUUGUUAUGUAGACCAAUCUUCACGGUCAUCUAUCUCGUGGACGUCUAUUUGUGGU